AUGACUACCUACGCGCACAACCUCCCUCCCUCACCACGCGGGAAGCGAUACGCAUUCUCCUCCUCUCCCGACGUAUGCGUAGAAUUCCGAACCCCACCAGGCGCAGGGUCGCGCAAGAUCAAGGGUCUCGAUACCAUCCGCACCACUCUGCUGGACCACGUGGGGCCCAUGGAUACGACGCAUAUGACGAGCAAUAUCCGGGUCAAUCAUAAAGAAGGCGAAGAGACAGCGUCAUUGACUUGCUAUACGCUUGCGCAGCAUUGUCCCCCUGGACGCGGGAAGGAGCCUGACGGGCCGAAGUACCUUGCUGCGGGGGAAUAUGUGAUGGAUCUGGUGUUUGAUAAGUCGGAUAGAUUGUGGAAGAUUCAGGAGUGGGUGCUUGAUAUUAUUUGGAGCCAGGGGGAUCAGUCUGUUAUGGAGAGGUCGUGA